UUUAAUGUCAGUAAUUUUUUACAUUUUUUUGUAAAACCUACCGAAGAAGUAUUUUUUUAAAAAGUUGUAAUAAAGAUAUUUAUCAGAUAAUGGAUACUAAAGAUGACACAGAUUUAUCGAAAGCUGUUCUAGAACCAGAGCAUCCAUUAUUAGCUCAGUUCCAAGAAGCCCUCAAAGAGUAUUUACUUUCUCAAAUAGAUCGUGCAAAAGAAGACAUUUUUGUAAUAGAGCAAGAUAUUACUUACAAAAACAAAGAAAUUGAAGCUGUAGGAGAAAGAACGUAUGAGAUGCAGCAAAUGGUAUGUAAGCAACACAAUCAACUUGAAACGUUGAUAAACGAUAUUAAGCUCAAAGAAUCGGAACAACAGAAAGAGGAGAAUAAUUUGAUAGAAAAUAAAAAAGUUCUAAAGGAGAUCGAGAAUAAACUGUUCCAAUCUGGGAAAGUUAAUAAAGAGCUUCAAGCUGAAACAAAGGCUGUAACGGAUUUGAAUAAUCAUCUCUUACGUUAUGGAAGUAAAUUUGAAACACAACUAAACGUGAAUAGAAGAAUUUUGGAGAAAGCUAGAAAAGACGACGAGCAACUCAAUAAGCAAAAGAUACGACAGGACUACAUGCUCCAUACUCUUGAAAAGGAAUUAUGGAAGCAUGAAGCGGAAUUAGAACAAAUACAUUUACAAGUGAGCACCAAACAGAGUGAAUUGGACAAAUUAGAAGAAUGCGUAAUAACAGAGAACACUAACAUCGUAGCUAGACAAACUGAAUACAAGUGUUUGAUGUUAUCAUGGAAAGCAGCUUAUAAUGCUGUAGGUGCUAGAUCUAAAAUCUUAGACGAAGUCUCUGGGAACCUCAAUAAACUGAAUGAGAAAUACCGGGCUAUGAAAAUGGAAACUAUAGGAACUAAAAAAUUAUGUAAACUGGAAUUGGAAGAGAACGAAAAAUUAGUACACUUGAAAAAUAGAGCAGAACUGGAUAUUAAGAAUAUAACUAGUCAAUUAGUUGAAGAAAGAUCGAAGAGGAUCGAAAUAGAGAGUAAGCUGUUUGACUUGCAACGCGUUAUGCAAGAAACUGAAACAGGACUAGAAGAAGUGAAACAGGAGGUCAAGCCAAAACAAAUACAACAAGAUAGAAUCUGUAAGGAAAUUAACGAUCAUUUUCUGAGAAAACAAUCAAUUGAAAAAGAAAUAUUGGAGAUUAUUCAAAAUAAAAUCACACAUGAAGCGUCACGAAAAAAAGUAGAAACUACAUUAGCCGCAAUGCAGCAUAAAAAAAAGGAGAUAAAUACGAUAUUAUUGGAGGUUGAAAACAGACACGCGAGUGUUGUGGCAGAUUAUGAAGAGCAAAAGAUUCAUAAUGAAAACCUCAAUUUCAUGUACAAUGAUUUAUGUAUGCAACUGGAUAAAUUGGAAAAGGAAGCAGGUCAAGUGAAAUCUCAGAAGGAGAAAUACGAGUUCCGUUAUAGAAAACUACAGAAGACAUUUGCGGCAAAAACAAUUCAACUAGAGAGGUUGACAGCUUCACGAAAUGUUGAAUUAGGUUCGAAAUCAGAUUUGAGGAUUGUUGAGCUCAACAAAGCAAUAGACGAUACACAAGAAUCUAUUAAGAAACUACAGUUAUUUUGGCUUCGUGAACAAAAUAAUAUUCUCAUUGUAUCUGGUGAACGACAGCAACAAAUUCAUAACAUCAAUUUGAGGAAGAAGGAAGUACUGAUUUUGGAACAAAAGAAUAUGAGAAUCGAUGAUGAAAUUCAACAGAUAAGACAAAAUGAGAAAAAAGUGUCGAAUGCAAUCGAUGCUCUCUCUACUAAAUCAAAAGUAUUAUCUGAAUACGUCUUCAAAACCCGAAACAAAAAGACAACUUUGGAUAAAACUACUACUUUGUUGCAGAGCCAAUACGAAUCGAAAUUAAAAGACUCAGAACUGCAGUUACUAGAGCUAGAGGCUGAAAUAGCACAAGCGGAAGAAGAAAAAUUAGUUCUAAGUAAAAAUUUGAUAGAAACAAAUAGAGAAGGAUUGGAAUGGGAGAAAAAAUUCCAUGAAGCUAGGAAUACGUAUUUGGAUAUCAAGAAUGAAAAAGGAGCUGGAGGAGAUACAAGUAAUUUGAAAAUACAAAUUCACAGAUUGAAUGUAAUAUAUUCUGAGCUCAAAAAAGUACAGGAAAAGCUACUCUGCAACCUCAAGCAUUGUAUAUCUAGGAGAGAAUCAAUAUUUUUCGUAUCAGAAGCAAAAGAAUCGAAAGAUGCUGCAAUGAAAAGAAUCCCAGGUAGUAAAAUGCGGAUGAAUAUUCUUAAAAAAAUAGAUAACAUAAGGAACCAAAUUAAACAGUCAAAUAAUGAAACAGAAACAAUUAAAAAAUCGAUUUUAUCAGUACAACAACAAAUACUAGAAGCUAAAAGAAAUUUGCAAGAUACAAUUAAGGGUAGGAGUGAUAGAGAAAAUCGGGUAUUACACCUACAAAAUCAAUUAGAAUCAGCAAAAACGAACAGACAAUUCAAAUUUGAAAUACUCCUCCUAAAGCAACGACGAGCAGCUAUGUACAAGCAAAUAGUCAAACAACAAAAACCUCAUUUAAAAUAUAAUGAUGAGGAUGAUCUCAUAAAUGAAUAUAAGUAUCAAAAAAAUCAAAAUAAGAAGUUGAUGAAAAUAUUAGAAUACAUAACAAGGGAUUUUCCUUCGAAGAUAACUGUUCUGAAUAGAUUAUAUAACAGUUUGGGAAUAGUUCAAGGAUCUAUAUAUACGUAGUUCUCAUUAUAGAAUACAAGUAAUACAUUUAUGCACUAAUCAAA